AUGGCGCUCAGCGACGCAGAUGUUCAAAAACAGAUCAAGCACAUGAUGGCCUUCAUCGAACAAGAAGCCAACGAAAAGGCUGAAGAAAUCGAUGCAAAGGCCGAGGAGGAAUUCAAUAUUGAAAAGGGGCGCCUUGUUCAACAACAGCGCCUAAAGAUCAUGGAAUACUAUGAAAAGAAAGAAAAACAAGUAGAGCUCCAGAAAAAGAUCCAAUCCUCGAACAUGCUGAACCAAGCCCGUCUCAGGGUACUCAAAGUACGUGAAGACCAUGUACGUAAUGUACUUGACGAGGCCCGCAAGCGCCUGGCUGAAGUGCCUAGCGACACCAAGCUGUACUCUGACCUUCUUGUCACACUUAUUGUACAGGCUCUCUUCCAGUUGAUGGAGCCCGUAGUAACACUCCGUGUGCGACAGGUUGACAAGUCAUUAGUAGAGUCUCUACUUGGCAAAGCCCAACAAGACUAUAAGGCUAAGAUUAAGAAGGAUGUUCAGUUAAAGCUUGACUCUGAAAAUUACCUGCCUGCUGAAACCUGUGGUGGAAUUGAGCUAAUUGCUGCUAAGGGACGCAUUAAGAUCUGCAACACCCUAGAGUCCCGCUUGGAGCUCAUCGCUCAGCAGUUGCUGCCAGAGAUUCGUACCGCUCUGUUUGGACGCAAUCCUAACCGUAGAUUCACCGAU